ACUGCCGCGGCUCUUGUGCGACAAACUUUGCGGUGUCCUAUAUGUCUCGAUGACUUUGAAGCCGGCCAGCAGAUUCGUCGGUUGCCUUGUUUGGAUGUAUUUCAUCGACAUUGCGUUGAUCGACACUUUGAAUCUUCCACCAUUUGCCCCUUGUGCCGCUAUGAUUUACGCACU